GGCAACCAUUAAGAUAAAUGGGGGUUUGACAUGCUUUUUAGAGGAAGAGAUGACACACUCAACGGACAUCGAUCGACAAUUAGCGACAGAAGAAUAUGUAGAUAUUUGAACGCGAUGCGGAAACGCGGAACUUUAAAAUAGUUUUAAGUUACUCGGUGCCGAUUUUGGAUUUGUUUCUUAAUUAUUAGUGGAAAAAUUAUAUAAUAAUAUAAUACUAAUAUAAAAUGGCUUCUAGAUCGGGUUUAUCGGGUUUCCCCGUCAACCCCAGUACCCCAAUAAACCCCAGCAUGAACCCCAUGAACCCGGGUCACACCAGCGCCAUGAGAAUGCCAACAAUGCCGCAGAAUUCACCCUACAGAGGGAUGGGCAGUACCCCGAACCAGUACCACCAACGCCCGAGUAUGUCACCCAGUCGAGGAAUACCAUUGGGGGGCAUGGGGUCUAUGGGUUCCCCUCUGCCUGGUCCGUCUUAUAGCGGAGCCAUGUCCAUGAGACCCGGAAUGCCUCAAGCCGCGAUGGACCCCACCCGCAAGAGACUCCUUCAGCAGCACCAGCAGCAGCCUGGGGGUCUUAUGGGUCCGAGAAGGGGGGUGAAGAGGCGUAAGAUGGCUGACAAAGUCCUCCCACAAAGGAUCAGGGAUCUGGUCCCAGAAUCUCAGGCUUAUAUGGACCUUCUGGCCUUUGAGAGAAAGCUGGACCAGACCAUUGCUCGCAAAAGAAUGGAGAUACAGGAAGCCAUCAAAAAACCUAUCACGCAAAAACGCAAACUGAGGAUCUAUAUUUCUAACACCUACACGCCUGGCAAGCCAGAAGGGGAGGAGGCUGAAAAAGUGGCAUCCUGGGAACUUCGAGUGGAAGGCAAACUCCUGGAGGAUCCUGGGAAACAGAAACGAAAGUUUUCAUCGUUCUUCAAAAGCCUGGUUAUUGAACUGGACAAAGAACUUUAUGGCCCAGACAACCACUUGGUAGAGUGGCACAGAAUGCCUACAACUCAGGAGACAGAUGGAUUUCAGGUGAAGAGACCAGGGGAUGUGAAUGUAAAAUGUACUCUCCUUCUCAUGCUAGACCACCAGCCUCCACAGUAUAAGCUGGAUCCACGCCUGGCACGACUCUUAGGCGUGCACACGCAGACCAGAGCCAGUAUCAUGCAGGCCUUGUGGCUCUACAUCAAAAACAACAAGCUGCAAGACUGCCAUGAGAAAGAGUACAUUAACUGCAACCGAUACUUCAGACAGAUUUUUGGCUGCCCCAGAAUGAGAUUUUCGGAUAUACCCAUGAAACUUGCCAGCCUCCUUCAGCACCCUGACCCCAUCGUCAUCAAUCAUAUCAUCAGUGUGGAUCCCAAUGAUCAGAAGAAGACUGCAUGCUUUGAUAUUGAUGUUGAGGUGGACGACCCCCUGAAAGCUCAGAUGACCAGUUUCCUGUCAUCCACAACUAAUCAGCAGGAGAUCACUGCCCUGGAGAUGAAGAUCCAUGAGACUAUUGAAUCCAUCAACCAGCUGAAAACCCAGAGAGACUUCAUGCUCAGCUUUAGUAACAACCCACAGGAUUUCAUCCAGGACUGGCUCAAGUCUCAGAGCCGAGACCUCAAAUUAAUGACAGACACUGUGGGAAAUCCAGAAGAGGAGAGAAGAACCGAGUUUUACCACUCGCCUUGGGUCAAAGAAGCUGUUGGACGCUAUGUAUUUUCAAAGGUCCAGCAGAGGAGACAGGAAUUGGAACAGGUACUGGGAAUCCGACUCACUUAAGAUGAUUCAGACUUCAAAUCCACAGUCAACGAAGGAAUUGGCUCAACAAAUACAGACGAGAAUGAAGCUUUCUGUUUGAAAACCAGUGGAGGAACUUUAUGUAGAUGUUUGGGUGAUGGCAUGGUUCUGGACCGUAUAAAUUUCAAAUGGUUUUACAGUAACUGGAACUUCUUUCUCUUCGCAUUAGUUUUCUGUCCUUCUCUUAUAUAUUCUGAAAAUGAGGCAUCAAGUACAUGAUUAAGUUUGUUGACAUACUCAUCUUUGCUAUUAUUACUUUUUUUUUAAUAUAUUUUACAGUAAGAUAUACCGUACUGUAGCUUAUUGGCUAAAACCCCUAUAUGUAACUGAUGCAACACAGCUUCUUUUUGUUCAUAAGUUUUGUGUUUAAAGUAGGAAUUGCCAAACUCAAUCAACAUUUGCCAUUUAGCUUUUGUAAGAUUUCCCAUUCUGACUGCAAAGGCUAUUUUUACAAUCGAAUUGCACAGUUAUUAAGUUAAGAUGCAAUUACUUAUGAUUAAGUAGGGCUAGUAACGAAAAUGCAAUGUUUUUCUUCAAUUUUCAAUAUUGUGGAGUUUUCCAUUUGGUCUCUCAGGAAAAAAUGUGCUGCACUGCAUUCAAGAGCCAUGUUUUUGUGUUUCCACCCCAGCGGGAAAUCCAGCACAUUUGGUUGUCCAGCUGUUUCAGUUCAGUGUACCAGACUUUCUGUCUUCAUCUUGUUGUGUGUGUUUACAGAUUUAUUAUUUUUUUUUUUUUUUUUUGAAGUCCGCUGCAGUGGCAGAGACCAUACAGCAUUGGACCGAAUUUUUGAAAGGUAGUGCUUCAGGUGUGCAAACCAUCACCAUAUUCUUAUUUUUUCAAGUAUUCAAGCCAUAUUUUUAACUCUCUGAUAAGUAGUUCAGUUAAGUAUGUACUUCUACAUUCCAAACAGCUGAUGAUAAGUUUUUAAGUUGAAUUUAAUAUGUGGUUGUUCAUAUUGUUGUUGUUUUUGUUUUUAAGUAUCAAUGACAGAAAGUUACAGGUAAAAGUAAAAUAGUUAACACAAUAUUGACAAUUCUGUCAUCAUUUACUCAUCCUCAACACAAAGGAAGAUAUUUUGAAGAAAGUUUGUAACCAGGCUGUUUUAGGUCACCAUUGACUCCCAUAGUACUUUUUUUCCUAUUGUGGAAGUGGUGAGCCAAAACAGUCUUACAAACGUUUUUUUUUUUUUUUAAUAUCUUCCUUUGUUUUCAGCAGAACAAAGAAAUGCAUACAGGUUUGGAACCACUUGAGGGUAAGUAAAUGAUGACAGAAUUUUUCUUUUGGGUGAACUAUUCUUUUAAGAAAUAUAGCAGGUUCAAGUUGAGCCCUAUAAUUUGUGACAUGCUGCUGAUUACCACAGAAAACCCUGGUAAAGUGGUAAAAACAGAGCGUUUUGACAUUAAUAUGUUUAAAAUAAAAUUCUUUAAAUGCAUCUCUAAGGAACAAGUUGAAAUUAUUUAGUUUUAAUCGACAGCAUGUCACAAAUGUUGUCCAUAGAGCUGAACUAAGAAUUUCUCCUCAUUUUGUUUAUAGUUGAAUUACUCAGACAGUAUUAAUGCUGAUCUGAAAUGCAACAAGCUUUUUUGUUCCUUUGAUUUACUUGUGAAUGGAUUAAGCUUUUUUUGUGUAAAUGCAAUUAAGUUCUUACAACUUAAGUUCUGUUUUAUAUUUUUGUAUCAAUCAAAUGCUUACAUUUUGUACUUUUUUUUUUUUUUACUGGGAAAUCUAAAUAUUUUAAACAAUAAAGUUUCCAUAAA